AUGACAAAUAAUGAGGAUUUUUUGAUUACAAUUGAAGAGUUUGACCGCUGCAUUGGGAAGUUAAAGGAGACAAUCACCCAGGACCUACAUUGUAAGGACAGGAGUCUCGAUUUCAAAAUAAGUAACUUAAGAAUAAAAGAAGUAUGCAAUCAAUUAGUGGUAUUUGUCUAUCUAACGACAAUCAAAAAUGGAAAUUCAGUUGGCAUUGAAUUCACUGUAUCAUUUGAUAGAUUCUACAUUGUACCUAUUUUCAAUUUUCGAAUUUAUAUCAACACGAAAUUAAUAUUUGAUUUAGAAGAUUUGAAAAAAUACAUUUGCCUUGAGGAAGAUGUUGAUAUUCUAUUAACAGAUCAUCAUAUAUUACAAAAUCCUUGGUUUCAAAUACAUCCAUGUGAAACUUCAAAUACGAUGAAAGAGCAUUUAAUGACAUAUUACGAAGGUAAUGGGAGAGAUUUGAAAAUAGAUAGUCAUGAUGAGUUCACCUUAAAUUAUCUCAAGAUUUGGUUUAAUUUGUACGGAUUGCCGUCUGUUUUACAAGAGUUUUCAUUAAGAUCUACCAUAUUGUAA